GCGUCAAUGGUAAUGUUAAUGCCUUAAAAGUUGUGCUGCCGCUCAUAUUUAAUUUACCUUGCGGCAUUUUCGUCAAUUUGUAACUUAGCGACAUGGAUAAUCGCUGCUAUUGUUGUACCUCCAAGUUCGGUGUCUUUAAAAAAGAGCUGCUUGACUUUUAAUGCUGUGGUGCCGCGAUAUGGCAACGCCCAGCAGAAGGUCUGCAAGCAAUGCCAUGUGGGAAAACUCCAGACGAUACAGGAAGAUGGUCUCCCCCUGAAAACUACAAAAAACGAGUCGCUGCAUUUGAAGCCAAACAGCAAGGACAGAAGAUGCAACCUCACACAGGGAGUGUACAUUCUCAAGCAGGUCUCCCCCCUCCUAAGGGUCUAAGUAAGGACGAUCAGGCAAUUGCUGACAGGCUUCAAAAGCUGAAAGAAGACACCGCUCCAAAGUCCAUCCCUUCUGAAAAAGAGAUUGAAACUCGCCUCGCUGCCCUUAAAACUCCCAGCAAGCCGGUUCCUUCUUCGCAGGAGAUGGAAGACCGGUUAGCGGCUUUAAAGGGACAGACUCCUUCUUCUCAAGCUCACCGAUCAUUCCCCCAGCCUCCAGAUAACAGGACCCAGACCGAGCAAGCUAAUGAUCUUCUAACUCAGAUGACAGAGGAAGUUGCCAUUGACCAUCAGUUUGACAAUCCUGGAUGCAGUGACGAUGGACCAAUGAAUGAUCUUAACAAAGGGCAGAACCAGACACUACAGAACAAUAUGGAUGCAAACCAGGAUUCAAGGAAGCAGUUUGAAAAGGAAGCAGCACAGUUGCUUGAAGAGGCCCGUGAGGAGCUGAAAAAGGAUCAUCAUACAACGGAACAAAUCAUCAACAUGGCCAAGAGGCUCGCCCAACUGAAAGGCCAGGACCCAGACGAAGUUAAGAUGGAAGAUUUCAAACGUCCCGAUAGUGAUGAGGAGACAGAGGAUGAAGCCAUAAUGAGGGUAUUAAAGCAGCUCUCUGAGGAAGCUGCACUCGACGAAGCCAGUGGCUACAACAUACCUCUAGAACACAAAGGAUCAAAAAACACAGAGAAGAAAAAGUCCUCGAAGAAGCCUAGUCAAGCUCCAGCAGUCAAGGGUAGGACUCCAUCAGCAGCUGUAAGCUCGGUGCAUCUGCCGUCAGACAGUGAUGAUGAUGAACUUCCGUGGUGUUGUAUCUGUAACCACGAUGCCACUCUCCGCUGUCACACCUGUGAUGGGGACCUGUACUGUAACCGCUGCUUCAGGGAAGGACACGAUAAAUAUGACAGGAAGGAGCAUCGCACCAGCAAUUACACUGCACCUAAAAAGAAAAGGAAGUCCUGACGUUGACCCUGUGCCGAUGCUGAUGGCAUCACGGUAUAAAAAUACACUUUUGCCAUUAAUGGAAGAUUUAGCAACAUUCAUUCUUAAUCUGAAACUGAAUGUAGUUUUUGAUUUAAAAUAAACCAAUAAUUUGAUAAAUAAUCUACAUUGAAAUCUUAUAUGUAUGAAAGAUCAAUCUCAUGUUAUUCACAAUAUGUCAAAAAAAUAGUGCUUGAGUAAUGUUCAUUUGAGUAAGCCUGCACUUUCUCAAGGUCAAGAAACUUUUUGUCACUUGUCCUACUUCCUGAACGCACAAAGGCUGUACGGUACUUUGCAGUUUGAGGAAUUUAAAGAUGGUAACAUCACACACACAAAAUGCAAAUCAUUGGGCUCUUCUAAGUUGAUGUUCAACCUCGUACUAUCAGCAAUGGGGAGAAAACGCUCCACAGAUUAUGUAUAAAAGGAUUAUUGAGGGUUUUGUUUUCAAUUGGCAGGCACCUCAGCCACACACACUUGCAAUCUACGUUUGGAUGUGUGUCGAACAUCACAGCAUUGCCUUGCUUUUCCCUACAUCUAAUUUCAUUAUAGUGGCUGCUGCAGGUUUGUCUAAAAUUUAGAAAUGGUGGCAUCUAUUUAUGUUAGUUUUUCAGUCAAGUAAAAUCACUCUGUCAGGCAGGCACAGUUGGACGCAAGUGAAGAGUGUAGACUGCCUCUAUAGUGGAAAUUGGGGCGAUCCAGGCAAAUUACUGUAAUGGACCCUGAUGGAGCCAAAAGACUCUCAUGUGUGACAGAGAGACCAUCAGAGUGUAGUCUCAUCAAGACACAUCACUGUCUGGCCGACUGAGGAGGAACCAUCAUCACACUCCUCUGGGGCCUCCAUUAUGCUUUGUAUGGAAGUCAUUAAUGUGUUUGCCAUUUCUGGCAAUGUUGUACACAGGCCACAGACAGGAAAUGGAAGGGCAUAAUGGAUGCAUACUUAAUGGAGCUUCCAGAUGAUGAUUUUAGCUGUGUUUACUCCUAAACUUGACAUGUCAACAUCCCCUUUGGCUAUCCCUGCCUUGCUGUAAAAUAAAUGUCACCAAAUGACUUCCUGACUCACAUCUUGUAGUCUUAUUGUCUUGUAAAAAUCACAUCAUUUUAUAACCAGUGCUACUAGUUAGAAUGUGUGUGGAAUACAUAAUACCCGAAGAUGUCAGUUCACUGACAUUUCUUGUUCAAUCAAAUGUGGCUGAGUAUUGAAAAUGUCUUAUUUUAUUUUCAUACAGCACUCAUGGAUCAAAAUAUAUUUACAUAAACAAGCAAACAAAAAUGUACAGUAUUAAUGUGAGAAAAAUAUCUUGAGUAAUAAUAUCAUUUGAGGGAGACCUGAUAUUUAA